AUGAAUGGCAGGCAGGCUAAAAAGCAGGUUGAAAAGGGAGAAGUUUACUACUUGCGAAGUGCGGAGUGGUGGGAGGAUAAUGGCGAAUCUCGAUGGUCGGAGUAUGGGAAUCAUAAGGGAGAAGUAAAAGCUGUACGAAUGGGAUGUAAUCUUAGCUCAAGAAAGAGGGAUCAAUCAUCCAAAGCCAUGUGUCGAAAGAAAUGCUCCACAAGAUUCUAUGCACGACAUCAUUAUUAUGACAUGUGCUUAUGGCACCCCCUUAUCUUUGCCGCUCUCGGACACUGA